AUGUUUGUUUAUUGUAUUUUGUGGGCAAAUGUUUUAAUUACCAAAAAAAUAUUAAAAUAUGGAUAUAAUCAAAGCUGAAAUAGCAAGAAAACGUAAAUUGUUGGAAGAAAAACAGUUGGUAGAUGAUAAAAAGAAGUAUUUCAAGAGAGGUGAUUUGAUUGCCAAGAAUAAUGAGGAGAUACUUCAAAAGCAAGGCAUCAAGAAUCCAGAAAGCAAUGAAGCCGAUCAAAGCAUCCAUGAAGGAUACAAAUUUACCGAGGAAGGCCAAAAUAUAUUGCCCAGAAACGAAGUGAUACGCCGUCUAAGAGAACGUGGAGAGCCCAUAACAUUGUUUGGAGAAACCGAAUCAAUGGCAUUUGCACGCCUGAGGCAGUGCGAAAUCUCACAACCAGAAGCCAAUCGAGGUUUUCGCAAUGAUUUCCAAGAGGCCAUGGAACAAGUGGAUCAAGCCUACCUGCAAGAAAUGUUCGCCAGCACCUCAACCUCAAAGGAGGAGAAGAAAAAUGAACUUGCUGAACUGGAUGAAACGGUGGACUGGGAGAGCAUUAAAGUAAUGGCACAAAAGAUGGGACGCAACAACAAAGAAUAUGAUAUGGAUGUGAUAAUGACCCUGCUGACAUAUUUGCUGAAAUUAUGGAAUGAUCAGAUAGCAGGUUACUCCAAACAUGAGAUAAUGUCCACGAAAGUGAAAAUGGCUAGAGUCAUUUAUACCCAAACAAAGGAGUAUGUAAAGCCAUUGUUUCGGAAAUUAAAAAAUCGCUCCUUGUCCGAUGAUAUUUUGGAAAGUUUAACCGAUAUUUGUAAACACCUGCUCAAUCGUAACUACAUACAGGCCAGUGAUGCCUAUCUGGAGAUGGCCAUUGGCAAUGCUCCUUGGCCCAUUGGUGUUACUAUGGUUGGUAUUCAUGCUCGUACAGGUCGUGAAAAGAUUUUCUCCAAGAAUGUGGCCCAUGUUAUGAACGAUGAGACACAGCGUAAAUAUAUACAAGGCUUAAAGAGACUUAUGACCAAGUGUCAGGAGUGUUUUCCCACGGAUCCCUCCAAGUGUGUGGAGUAUGUUAGCAAAAAGGAUAGAGAAUAAAAGUAUGAAAGAAAAAUGUUUUAAAAACCUCCUA